AUGCUGCUGAGUCAGAGAACUAAAUGUCGAGAGUUUACCGGACCGACGCCUCAUUCUGUGGCUGUGAGUGCGAAGUUCCCGUCAUGGAGGCCGGCCGACCAUCUGAUCCUGGACCGACAGAGACAGGAGGAGGCCCGAGACAAGGUCCUGGAGUUCUCCAAGGACCAGCAGACCUGGGACAUCAAGAACUCGUGGCUGAAGAGCACAGAAAAGCGGUUCCUGAGAAGAACCAUCGAGAGAGGAGUCCGAGACGCCCUGGAUGAUCAGGAGGUCCAGAUCCACCAGAGGAGAGAGAGGCUUCGGGUCCUGCUGGAGGAAGAGGAGCAGCAGCUCCUUCAGGAGAUGGAGGAGAAGGUGGAGACAUCAGUGGAGAGACAGGCGAAGAUGAGAGAGCGAGCGAAAACCCUGAGAGAGAGGAGAGAGAGAGACAGACAGCAGUUGGUGGACGCCAAGAUGGAGCAGCUGUUCAGGGAGCAGUGCGAGGAGCUGCGGACCGCCCUGAGCCGCCGUAGGGAGCAGCAGGUGUGCGCAGAGAGAGCCAAUCAGGUGAGGAGCAGACAGGAGCAGCAGCAGCGGGAGCAGGAGGAGGAGAAGAUGUUUGAGGAGCUGUGGGAGGCCGACCGACGCGCCAAAGAGCAGCGCGAGGCCCAGAGAGCGCGGCGCCAACAGGAGAGGAACAUGGAGCAGCGGGAUGUCAUCAAGACGCAGAUGGAGGCUGCAGAACGGCAGAGACGGCGAGAGAGGGAGCUGAGGGACGAGGAGACCAGACUCAGGCUGCAGCAGCAGGAGAUGGCGCAUCUGCAGCAGCAGCGGGAGCAGCGGCGGCGUCUCCGUGAGCAGCAGGACCGGCGCCGUCUGCUGGACCAGAGUCUACGUCUGAAGAUGAAGCGUCUGUCUCAGGAGCAGCAGGAGGAGCUGCAGCUGGACAUGAAGAUCCUGCAGACGCUGCUGCAGCAGGGGACCGACGAGAGACAGGAGGCAGCCAGGAGGAAGGUGGAGCUGCGUGAGGAGCAGCGGAGGUACCGUCAGUAUCUGUCUGAGGAGCUCCAGAGGAUGAAGAGGGAGGAGGAGGAGGUGGAGCAGCUGAUGGAGGAGAAACUGAACCAGGUCUGGAAGAAACGGGAGGACCAGAACCGCCUGAAGAGGGAGGCCAGAAACCGCCUGAUGGAGGAGGUGAUGGAGGCCCGACGGCUGCAGAUCCAACACAAACUGUUGCUGAACCAGCAGAGACAGGCGGAGCUGACGUUAGAGAGAGAUGAGCUGAACAGAGCGAUGGAGGAGAUGAAGCUGACGGAGGACGAGGAGAAGAAACGACAGAGGCAGACUCAGGCGGCGUACCAGUCCGACCUCCAAGCUCAGAUUCGGCUUCAGCAGCAGGAACGGACCAAUCAGAGAGCUCAGGACAAGAGGGAGCACCAGCAGGGUCUGAUCCAACAGGAAGUCUACAAUCAGAGGAUCCACCACAUCCUGUCCAGACCACUGUCCCAGACCACCUCUGCCCCCCCCCACCCCUUCAGACGAGCAGGCGGGACUAGGUCUGCCUCCUGA